AUGGCCGAGGAGUUCCGAAUGGUACCUACCCGGCCGACAGUUCGUGCGAGGGUUGAGAAGAGGUACGCAGACGAACGCUCCAACCUCAUCUCCCGGCUCGAGAAGGCGACGUCUGUCUCCCUCACGACAGACACGUGGACGUCCAACUCUACCGAGAGUUUUAUCACCGUGACAGCCCACUACCUUGACGCCGAAUGGAUCCUCCAUUCGGACGUCUUGAUGACCAGAGCAAUGCCAGAGCGUCACACAGCCGAGAACAUCGCGUCCCGCCUACAAGAAUGCCUCUGCAUCAAGCCAGUCCUCGAACUUCCUUCUGUCUCCAAGGUCCUGGGCAAGUGUCGAAAGCUGGUAGGGCAUUUCAAGCACUCAACGACACUGGCACUCAUCCAGGACGUCCCCACGAGGUGGAAUUCCACGCAGCUGAUGUGUAGCCGCCUCGAGAAGCUACGCCGGGUGGUCACUGACAUCAUGCUUGACGAUGACGUCACGAAGAAGGCCGACCGCGAUCUCCUUCUGAGAGACGGCGAGUGGGGCAUCGUUGCCGACAUAUCCACAGUCCUUGGGCCGUUCACCCACGUGACCACCUUCAUGAGUAAGGACAAGGACGUAUCCAUCGGGGAGAUGUUUCCCAUCGUGUAUAGUUUGGUUGGGACAGUGUUGCAGCCCUGCAACAAUGACACAGCGCUGGUCGCCUCGAUGAAGACCACUCUCCGGGAUGAGAUGACGGAGAGGUUCCAGCCAGGACGAGAUGAAACUGCCGAGUCCCUCCCGAUGCUCGCCUCACUUCUGGACCCUCGAUAUAAGAAGUUAAGCUUCCUGCCCAGGCAGCUACGACGAAGGACACACACCAUGCUGGAGGGCCGCCUUGACGAUGUCCCGCUCAAGGUCAGCUCGCGCGAUGACGGUGACUGUGCCACACCUGCUAAGCGACCACGGCUUGAGUUCAUGGUCACAUUCCCGGAGUCAUCGGUGGAGGACGAUCUACAGUUGUACCUUGCCGAGAAGAUGGAUGAUGCAACACCAGCCCUCAAGUGGUGGCGGCGCAACGAGAACCGUUUUCCGAAGGUCGCGCACGUGGCCCGUAGCGUCCUCGCGGUUCCCGCUACAUCUGUGCCAUCGGAGUGCGUAUUUUCGUCCGCCGGGCUUGUUCUGAACAAGUUGCGCAACAGACUUAACAGUGACAUUGUUGAUGCUAUCUUGUUCCUAAACAAGAACAUGCGUUCUGUGAAGUGUGACACUGUGUGA